CCCGCCCCGCCCCCGCCCUCCGGAGCCCGCGCCGCGGCUUCCGAAACUACGGGACCAAGUGCCGCCGGGACUGCGGGAGCCGCGCCGGGGACCCAGAGAUAAUCAGGUACCCAGAGGCUCCAGCAGUGGUGUCUUCCCUUCUCGAUGGUGUUUCUGAUGUCCGCUUCAGGAGUCUCCUUGGCCAGACUUGAGAUACGGGGAUAUUAGAGAAGCCCCUGCAUAUAUUCUUCUUGAAAACUUCCAUCAUAGAGGCUCAGAACUUUCUGAAGAAGCCUGAGGAUUUGAAGGUGCUAACAAGCAGAGAAGAAGCCACGGGGACAGGCGGUGGUGAGUGGGCCAUGGAAUAUCCACCAACCAGAUAAUCCUCGCGGAUCGCCGAGACGUGUCUGAAUGUAGGCCGCAGGAGUCCUGAAGGUUGAUGGAGGGCCAUGCUAUUCAAACAGCAGGCGUGGCUGAGACAGAAGCUCCUGGUGCUGGGCAGCCUUGCCGUGGGGAGUCUCCUGUAUCUAGUCGCCAGAGUUGGGAGCUUGGAUAGGCUACAACCCAUUUGCCCCAUCGAAGGCCGAUUCGGAGCGCGCAGCCAGGCCGAGUUCCCUCUCCGCGCCCUGCAGUUCAAGCGUGGCCUGCUGCACGAGUUCCGGAAGGGCAAUACUUCCAAGGACCAGGUUCGCCUCCAUGACCUGGUCCAGCAGCUGCCCAAGGCCAUUAUCAUUGGGGUGAGGAAAGGAGGCACCAGGGCUCUGCUUGAGAUGCUGAACCUCCAUCCCGCUGUGGUCAAAGCCUCUCAAGAAAUCCACUUUUUUGACAAUGACGAGAAUUAUGCCAAGGGCAUCGAGUGGUACAGGAAAAAGAUGCCCUUUUCCUACCCACAGCAAAUCACAAUCGAAAAGAGCCCCGCGUAUUUUAUCACGGAGGAGGUUCCGGAGAGGAUUUACAAAAUGAACUCAUCCAUCAAGUUGUUGAUCAUUGUCAGGGAGCCAACCACAAGAGCUAUUUCUGAUUACACUCAGGUGCUAGAGGGGAAGGAGAGGAAGAACAAAACUUACUACAAGUUUGAGAAGCUGGCAAUAGACCCUAAUACCUGUGAAGUGAACACCAAGUACAAGGCGGUAAGAACCAGCAUCUACACCAAACAUCUGGAAAGGUGGUUAAAAUACUUUCCCAUUGAGCAGUUCCACGUUGUCGACGGAGAUCGCCUCAUCACGGAACCUCUGCCAGAACUUCAGCUCGUGGAGAAGUUCUUAAAUCUUCCCCCGAGGAUAAGUCAAUACAACUUAUAUUUCAAUGCUACCAGAGGGUUUUACUGCUUGCGAUUUAACAUUAUCUUUAAUAAGUGCCUGGCGGGCAGCAAGGGGCGCAUUCAUCCGGAGGUGGACCCCUCUGUCAUUACCAAAUUGCGCAAAUUUUUUCACCCUUUCAAUCAAAAAUUUUACCAGAUCACUGGGAGGACAUUGAACUGGCCCUAACAUGACAAGCCCCAUAACACUGUGUGUUGUGGCUGGAGGCACACAAGGUCUCCCUCUAGCUUAAAACAUGCACUUUUCUUAGACACAACCAUCCAAGUCAUUUUUCCACGUGCACUUGUACAUACACCGUGGGCGACCAAAUAGAAGAUGGAUUCUUUUUCUAUUGAAAAUCCACAAAAAAAAAAAAAAAAAAGAAAAAAUGAUUUGCUGUCUGAGUAGUUGCAUCUUUGGAGCUAUAUCCAGAAAGAAAAGGUGGUGGUCUUGGGGGGGACAGUGGCGUCAGCUGUUCUCCAAGAGUUAGUCUUCCUUGGAGUCAGAAUCUGUGCCUGCUAUUUUCAUAGAGUUAAGCCAAAAGAUUAUGCGUGAAGACGGUACGGACGGCCGUGGAGCUCCGGGAAGUAGAGGAUUCGGUCGCGCAUUCUCUUCCAAGGGAAGGCCGGCUCUGUAAUCCAGAUACUGAAUUGGUGCCGCGAAAACAGAAAACGCUAUUUUCUUAUCAUUUAAAAGAAUGUCUCGUCUCAUAGAAUUGACAUUGUUCCAAAGUUCCUGUGGUGAUUUUGCACUAUUGUUUUCUCGUACAGACCAUGGUGUCACUUGUAGCAUGUCAGCCACACAUCUGAAAGUCGAGGUCCUUCUACGUCCAUGUUCUGUGUCAACAAAGAGAAACGUCAUGUACAUAAUGUAUAUUGUUGUAAAUACUGGUUUCACACUAAGUAAUUCUAUUUUGUAAACUGAAUAUGGCUAUUU